AUGAAGGUCCUCCUGCUGCUCAUCAUGUCCCUCUCCGCCCUCGUUUACACAUAUCCCUACAGUAAGACUCGCUCUUGUCGGAUUUGUUCUAUAUUUGAGGUCUGAGUGCCCCGGGAAACGAUUUUUGUCAAUAUUGGGUCCCAACGGAUAUUGGGUCCCAAUAUUGUGGAUAUGGGUCUAGCUAAUGUACAGUCCCUAGGGUAGUACCAGGGGUGUGCGGAAAAUAUUUCGAUUUUCCGAAAUUUUCCGAUUUUCCGAAAAUGUUCGGCAAAAUUUUCGGAAAAUUAGUGUGGAUUCAAGGUCAAUUUGUCCGAAACCACCGUAUGCUUUUUAAAGGCGCAUCACAAAAUUUCGGAAAAAAAAACUGACAAUCGGAAAACACUGGACCCGGAGAGCUUCUCUCGGCUAAUUUUUUUGCAAAAAAAUAUUCCAUUGCUUGGCUUCCGCCCACUCAAGUGAUUUCAAAUCAUAAUAAGCAUUUUUUUGUAUUAGAACGUUGUUUAAACACUUUAUUGAACCAAUGAACAAGUGAGUUUUCCGAUUUUUCCGAUUUUUCCGAAAUUUUCCGAAAAAAAAAAUUCGGAAAAACCGAUUUUCCGAAAUUUUCCGAAAAAAAAAAUUCGGAAUAACCGAUUUUCCGAAAUUUUCCGAAAAAAAUUUUCCGCACACCCCUGGGUAGUACCAGAGUUGAGCGGAAGAACUCAACGGAAAAACACGGAAGAAUUUUUAUCUUUUUUAGAAAAUUUUUUCAUGAAAUGUGAUCAACUGAGGAAAUGUAUAGAAAAGUGAACUCUGCUCAAAAAAAAAUAUUUGUAAAUUUAGCUUUUCAUACAAAGAAGUUAUUCGAGUUGUUGUCCUUCCGUCUUCGGUUAGCCCUUUUUCACGGAACAACUCGAAUAACUUUUUUGUAUGAAAAGUUAAAUUUACAAUUAUUUUUUUAUGAGCAGAAUUCACUUUGCUAUACAUUUCGUCAGUUGAUCACAUUCCAUGAAAAAAUUUUCUAAAAAAGAUAAAAAUUCUUCCGUGCUCUUCCGUUGAGUUCUUCCGCUCAACUCUGGGUAGUACCCACACAGAGUGGGUUAUGCCAAAAAAAAAGCAAUUUAUCUUCAAAUUCCAGAAAGAUCGUCCGGAUUCGAGCGCCUACGCGAUCGAAUUCAUCGUAAAAGACAUCGACAUCAAAAGGUGAAUUCCUCAUUUGCACCCACUAAACCAUUCAAUUUCUGCGGUUUAUUUGCAUAAAGAGAAGCGAGGAAUCCGAUUAGAAUUCUCCUUUUUUCUUCCUCUUCUUCUUAUCCAAACACAUUCAUUUCUCUCACUCGGCAGGAGGUCUCUGUGAAUAAGAUUUAUCGAUGACAGAAAGAGCGGUGGAGACGGACAAUAGCGGAUGGUCGUCGGAGGAGGAGGAGGGGAUCGAAAAUGCAUUCUAGCAACAUUUUCAAUGUUUCAGUCGUCGGUGCUCAACGAGACGGACGAGUUGUUUGAGAUGUCGCUGCUUUCGGCGAUUGACAAUGCGAAGGAGAAUGAGAAUGAUGACGUGGCAUCUCGGAUUCGAUCCGAAAAAUCGAUACCGACGACGGCGGCGACAGUAUCCCAUCACCGACAUCAUCAUCAUCAUCACAAAAAGGUAUUAUAAAUGAUUUAAAAUCUCAUUUUAAAAUCGAGACGUUCAGAACCGUCGCGAGAAAAACGAGGAUCUUUGUCAAAGCCAACGAAAGACGGUAGAGCUGAAUACGCAAAGGUGAGCGAGAGUGGUCGGUACUGUAGUUUCCGAAAUCCCUUUUGCAGUCACGAGUUCGAUCCUCCGUUCGUUGUGGAAGUACGGUGUCUGAACACGCCCACCACCGCGCUCGGAGGCAUUUUUUCCUCCGGCGGUCAAGAGCAGACGUGCUUUAAAGGAAUGCUCCGAUGCGUUCAACAGUACGCCGAUGUGAGUUGUAAUCCCUGUUCAUCUUGGCACUUUUCUUAGUGACGCUCUGAGUCAGAAGCCCUUUUUUCACGGAACAACUCGAAUAACGUUUUUGUAUGAAAAGUUAAAUUUACAAUUAUUUUUCUACGAGCAGAGUUCACUUUGCUCUACAUUUCGUCAGUUGAUCACAUUCCAUGAAAAAAUUUUCUAAAAAAGAUAAAAAUUCUUCUGUGUUCUUCCGUUGAGUUCUUCGUUUUGGCGCAAUUUCCGCAGAACUCGUUCUUUCGCUUUCGACGCCGAAAAACCGCGCAUCUCACUUUGUGUGUCGUCUGUUUUCUGACAAAUCACGUAAGAAUAAGCAUUUUUGAGCGGCGCUCGAGCAACUGAAAUUCACGCAGUUUUAGCCAAAACCCUAUAAACGGAUAAAUCUUAAUGGCUACUCGACCAAAUUUGGUCGGACUUUGAAAUAGAACUUGUCUCGGAAUGAAUCUGUUUCGGAAUACGCCAAAAACUCAAAACUCGACGAGAAUUGUUCCAUUUCGGAACAGUUCUUAUGGGGUUAUUCAGGCUGUGAAAAAAAUGAUUGUUUUCCGUUUUUUUUACGUCAAAAAAUCCAAUUCAGCGAUGUAAAAAAACGAAAAAAAAACGGAAAACAAACAUACGCUGAAUAGCCCCAUUACUUAUUUGAAUACCUGGAUGUGAAUUUUAAAAUCAAUACAUUUGUGUUGAUUUGUGCUCUAGCUCUAGCCGGCCAUCGUUUUUUUUUCCGUUUUUCGAAGCAGUUCAACAACGAAAUUUGUAUUUCGAAACAAUUUCAUUUCAAGACAAGUUCCCGCUCUUGCGCCUAAACAAUUCCUUUCAGCCUUUUCAAUUGUUCUAUCGCUAACACGAAAAGUGCUUUUAAAUUUUGAAUUUUGCGCCAAAAUCUGGUUUUUUUGGCGGGGCGCCCAUUGUAAGCUGUGGAGAAAAUGAAUCGAAUAAUCUUACAGGUGCACGUGACUCGCCGCGGCGUCGGUUCGAUGCACUGGCACCCGUACACGGUGCCCGACGUGCCCGUUUCGUGCCAAUGCAUGUGGCCCGUGGAUCGAUACGGUCAUCAAGAGUUCUAG